CAAUAUCCUAAAACUUAACCGUACCAGGUUCGUAAACCACAGUCAUCAAAUUUUCCUUUUGGCUGAAACAAAACGCAAGGAACAAAAUUGUAUAAGGAGCAAAUUAGUAAAGGAACAGUCCCCUCCCCUGCAUAACACAUCAUCAUCAUCAUUAUCAUCAUCUUCAAUUCACUUUGCAUCAACUCAAACGAUGUCCCCAAAACCCUAAUUUCACUUUGUCUUCUUUGAACAAAUCCUUUGUUUCCCCCGUCUGAUCACUCGACACCAGGAAUGCUUAUUUAUGCUCGCCAAUUGAAUUCUCCAGCAGUCUAAACCCUAGUUUCUUCGUCUUCUAGUGUUUCGAAAAGGUCAAAGAUGUCUCUUCCGCUACUUGAGAGUGCACGUACGUGACGGAUGAGUUUGUUCGCGAAGCGAAGAAUGGCAACCACUGUUCCAAGCUGCUUAGCUCCGUACCGAUGCUUCGUUUCCUUUACGAGCUCUGUUGGAUUUUGGUAUACACGCACACAAACACUCUCUUUAUAUUCUCCAAUCUAUGCAUAUGUGUUCGAGUUUGCCGAAGAUGCAUUGUGUUGGGCUAUCAGGUUCGUGGCGAAUUGCCGAUUCAGAGCUGUAAGGCAGUGUUGGAGAAGCUUACGAUGUCAGGGGAUCACCGUUCCCGCUUAACAAAAUUGGAGUUCCUAUGGGAAGCUGAAAUGGUUAAAAUAAAAGCCCAAGAUCUGAAAGGGAAAGAGGUUCGACUAAACACCCGUCUUCUGUACCAGCAGACAAAGUUCAACUUACUCCGUGAAAAAAGCGAGGGAUAUGCCAAAUUGGCUACCCUUUUAUGCCGAGGAUCUGCAAGUUCUUCGGAUAAUGCAUCACCAGCAACAAUGAGAAUUAUCAAGGUUUUGGAUUGCUUUGAAAUUGAACGAGAUUAUGACAUGUUACUCAAUGUUAUUCCUGUCUUUCCCAAGUCUCAUGCUCCGCAAAUUCUUGGAUUUAAAUUUCAAUACUAUCAGAGACUGGAGUUGAACUGCCCUGUUCCAUCUGGGCUCUAUAAGCUUUCAGCCUUGCUAGUAAAGGAGGAUUUUAUAAAUCUUGAAAGCAUGUGAGUACUUUUUCCUUCAACUGUUGCUUUCUAGACCCGUAGGAGCCACUGGAAAAUUCAGUCGACCUUUAUGUGUGGCUUCAAGGAACUACAGAUGAUGUUAUUGAAGUUUCCUUUCGAAUUAGAUUAUGGAUACUUGUACAUAUUCUCCUUUUCUAGUCCUUUGUAGCUAUGUCCCUUAAGCUUGUUUCUGAGCGUAAUGCGAAAGGAAUUGGUGGGGGUUUUGAUUGCCAAAAAAUAUUUUGGCUGUUCUAACUUACUAACUUCGAGAUUGCUCAGUUUUGGCCCGUCUCGUGUCUGGUUCAAAAUGUUGAACAACUUUGGAAACUAUUGCUUUGUCUAGUUUUGAUCCAGUGUGAGUACAAUAUACAGUGAACUAAAAAUGUUUGUUCCACUGUUUUCAGUUAUUUUAGU